GCCACAAAGAGGUUAAGGCAUCACACACUAGACCCCAAUUAAGUGGUGUUUUUGCUGUGUUUUUAUCUUUGUCGUUGUCGCAUCCUUUGACUCUUUGAUGUAAUCGAGGCCACUCCUUAUUUAUAUGGUUUUUGAUGAAAAUGGCUUCAACUUUUGUGAAAAAGAUGCUGUUGGGUCAUCGCUUGAUUCAAUCUUCCUCGCUCCUCACUCACCACCCACGAGUUCUCUCUUCUUUCUUUGGUAAGCGGCUGUUUUGUAUACGAUCUGUCGCAGCCUAUACGGCCCAAAAUACCAGAACUGGUUGGGCUCCUUGCAUGGCUUCUUCCAUAGAUGGUGGACGAGCUACAUAUUCAACGCAAUCUGCAUCUACGAAUGAGCCAGUUGUUUCUGUGGAUUGGCUUUAUGAUAACUUGAAGGAUCCUGAUAUGAAGGUGCUGGAUGCAUCCUGGUAUAUGCCAGAUGAGCAGAGGAAUCCAAUUCAAGAAUAUCAGGUUGCUCAUAUUCCUGGGGCCCUUUUCUUUGAUGUAGAUGGAAUAGCAGAUCAAACUACAAAUUUGCCACAUAUGUUGCCUUCAGAGGAAGCUUUUGCUGCUGCUGUUUCUGCUCUUGGCAUACAGAAUAAAAAUGACUUGGUUGUUUAUGAUGGCAAAGGAAUAUUUAGUGCAGCUCGAGUUUGGUGGAUGUUCCGAGUGUUUGGGCAUGACAGAAUUUGGGUAUUAGAUGGUGGCCUGCCAAGAUGGCGUGCAUCUGGUUAUGAUGUUGAAUCUAGUGCUUCGGGUGAUUCUAUUCUAAAAGCCAGUGCAGCAAGUGAGGCAAUAGAGAAAGUAUAUCAGGGACAAGCAGUUGGCCCAAUCACAUUUCAGACUAAAUUUCAGCCACAUCUUGUUUGGACCCUUGAUCAGAUAAAGAGAAACGUAGAGGAAAAAAGUCACCAACACAUAGAUGCCCGAUCAAAGCCCAGGUUUGAUGGAGCUGCUCCCGAGCCUCGAAAGGGAAUCAGAAGUGGUCAUGUACCCGGCAGCAAAUGCAUUCCUUUUCCCCAGGUGUUAGAUGGUGCACAGACAUUGUUACCAGCAGUUGAGCUUAAGAAGCGAUUUGAUCAAGAAGGUAUCUCUUUGGAAAGCCCAGUUGUGACUUCAUGUGGAACUGGUGUAACUGCUUGCAUUCUUGCAUUGGGUCUUCAUCGACUUGGAAAGUCUGAUGUUCCAGUUUAUGAUGGAUCUUGGACUGAAUGGGGAGCACAAUCUGAUACCCCUGUUGAAACUUCUUCAUAAAAGGGGACAAUACAGCUAGAUAGAUUAUCAUGGCACCAAAAAAGUAUCUGCAAGAGAAGGGGCUGUGUCUAGUUGUAUAACAUUUUGAGUACAACUGAGUCUUCUCUGCUUCAUUACUUUUUCUUGUUUUGGUUUAAUUGUGAUUGAAUUGCUAUUGUGUUCUAUGUCAAAUAUUAAUAACAUUAAAUCCUGUCAUAUGGAGCUUAGAAAAAUAAUGGUAGGAUUGUUCAAUAAUACAAGAUAGAAGUGGAAUUUC